AUGAAGAUCACGUUUACUUCAAGCUUUAUUCUCGUAUUUAUCUUACUCGCAUGUAGUGAAUCUGGAAAAGACACUAUUAUUGAAGUGCCUCAUAAGAAUUCACAGUCUAAAUGGAUAUGGUCUUGGAGCGGCCAGUGGGAUCCCAAAGAAGAUGGAAGACCAUUUUAUCAACGAUGUGAAAACUCAGACAGUAACACAAACAAGUGGAUAAGAAGUGAUGUGUUCUCGGUUGRUGAUGAAACAAGAAUUGAUGUUACUGUUCAAUACGCAGUUCUUAAAUGUGCUAGUGUSUCUUUGGCAUACUGCAAGGAAAGAUUAAAACUUUAUGUUUAUAACACUGCAAUACAUCAUAGUUUAAUUGUCGRCGGUAGUAAUGCAAUCCCGGAACCUUGGAAAAAACCCGAAGUCUAUCAUAUAUUCGGGACCACGUCUGCAACGAACUUUAGUAACGGAAUUCCUUCACGAAGUCUUGUGAAUACCGAAACAUAUUCAUUUCUCACUAGCAUUAGUACACCGUACCAUUACUUCGCUAUACAAUAUCAAGGAGGAUGUUUUGAGUUGUACAGUGUGACCAUAAGUUACUCGGUCUGUCCAUCGUUAGCUCUUUCUACUGGUCUCGUCCAAUUACCUCGAACUAUAGCCCCAGCUAACGGUACAAUUAUGGUACCAGGCUCAUGUGCAGAAAAUGCUCACUCAUUGRCUAACAAUGCAACAUUAUAUGGUCACUGUCAAGCUAACGGUGAAUGGAGCAGCGACRCGGCAAGUGGCGAAUGUUUGUGUAAAGCUGGUUAUGGAAAGUACCUGAAUGGAUCUGGUGCAGUUUGCAAAGAAUGUCCACUUAGAACCUACCAAGAUAUGCCAAGUAGUAAUGCAUGUAAAACAUGUCCAGCAAAUAGUGUACAAGAUGUGGACAGAAAGAAAUGUAUUUGUGCUCCUUCCUUCCACAGAACGAAGAAUGAAACAAUAUUUGAAAAUUGCACAGCACAGCCUUCAGUACCUCAAGAUAUCAGGACAACAUUUCUAAAUGCUACUUCAACUGUUAUAAAAUGGAKGACCCCUUCCAAUCUUGGUGGACGGACAGACGUUUACUAUGACGUGGAAUGUCAAAAGUGUGACAAUAAAGGAAACAACUGCAGUGAAAGAUGUGGUGAGGUUGAAAUCAUUCACACUCCAAAGAACAGUAGAAAGGCCACAGUGAAACAUCUGUCUGCCUACAGGUAUUACCAAUUCAAGAUAUUCGCAAAGAACGGAGUCACGUAUUUAGCAGAAAGCAAUGCACGAAAGCCAAAUUAUGCAAUAAUCAGACAAAGAACAAGCGAAUCGAUUCCAGGAGUACCAGUGUUGAAUACGGAAGUGUUAGACUCCACUUCGGUGCUUCUAAGCUGGACCUUGAGAGAGCAAAAUGGUAUCAUAACAUAUUAUCAAAUCAGCUAUCAUCCUGUCGGUGAGAARUMUAARCRGAAAKUUUUGAAUACAUCAAAAAGUAGUGUAACUAUCACUGASCUGGCAAAAAUCAGCUAUUAUCCUGUCGGUGAGAAGUCUAAGCAGAGAGUUUUGAAUACAUCAAAAAGAAGUGUAACUAUCACUGGACUACAAGAAGACAAAGAGUACUACUUCCAGGUUCGUGCUUCUACGCUUGUUGGUUUAGGACCUGUAGGAAGUACAAAGAUMAUGAUUACACAAGGMAAAAGAGAUAACAAGAUUAGCAAUGACAAUACAACUGAUGUCACAGUUCCUGUUCUUGCGUCGAUGCUCGCACUUGCUUUGUUGACAGUUGCUCCUCUUAUUGUUGUCUACAUCUUACGAAAGUYGGGACUGCUUCGUACACAGAGCCCUCCUAAAGAGAAAGAAAGACGUACUCAUAUUGACAGAGAAUAUGAUCAAGUSGUUAUUGUUGCAGAUGGCCUUUCCGGUGGAAAGACCUCAAAUGAACUUUACGCUUUUUUCUCGGAUGAAAUCUUAUGGGAAGUACCAAGAAAAAACCUGUCAGUGAUUAAGAGACUUGGUGAAGGAAACUUCGGUUGUGUUGAUAAAGCRACAACCACUGGUUUGCACGUAUGCCCUGGACAAGUAACAGUUGCUGUGAAGACCUUAAAAGAAAAUGUGGGAGAUAAAGACAAAGAAAACUUCCUGACAGAGCUUCGACURAUGAUGAGACUGGAACCCCAUCCUCAUGUUGUUAAACUAUUAGGGUGCUGCACGAAGUCCGAUGGACCAAUGUGCAUUAUCCUCGAGUAUUUGCCAUACGGCGAUCUAAUUGGYUACUUAAGGCGAUCACGUGGUCAUGAAGAUACCUACUGYUCRGGAGAUCUUCGUCCAGAGACAAAGUUGACGUCACGUGAUUUGUUGAAGUUCGCGUGGAUGAUAGCUGAUGGCAUGAGUUUCUUAGYGGAAAAUAAGUGUGUUCAUCGUGAUCUUGCUGCUCGUAAUGUUCUUGUUGGUGAAAAUAAAAUCUGUGAUUCUCCUUAUCCUAAACACAACGGGAAAGACAUACCAAGACUGCUGCAACAAGGCUACAGAAUGCCAAAGCCACUCCACCUAUCAGAGAAUCUAUACUCAAUGAUGUUGAGAUGCUGGCAAGACAAACCCGAGGACAGACCUUCCUUUACAAUGAUAUGUGAUGAAGUCAACCAAUACUAUAACACAACCAAGGAUUAUAUCAACCUUGACGUGUUUGAAGAUGCUUUGUACGUCAACUUCGAUGUCCUUUAA